GAGGGCGAGUGCCACUCUCCAUCCAGGCCCCAGGCAAGCAGCACCUCCCUGCUCUCCUGCACUCCUGGACACAACCAGCAGCUCCUGCCAUGGACAGGUGGUACCUGGGCGGCAGCCCCAAGGGGGACGUGGACCCGUUCUACUAUGACUAUGAGACUGUUCGCAAUGGGGGCCUGAUCUUCGCUGGACUGGCCUUCAUCGUGGGGCUCCUCAUCCUCCUCAGCAGAAGAUUCCGCUGUGGGGGCAAUAAGAAGCGCAGGCAAAUCACUGAAGAUGAGCCGUAACAGCAGAAUUUUAGGGUCGUCCGCACAUCAGCCAGGUGGUCUGUCAUCCAUCGUGUGUUUAAAAUGAUUGCCAAGGGCCUGGCGUGGAGUGUGUGCCGCAGGAGAUCACAGAGGAGCCCUGGAGAAAAGUGAGAUGGACAAGGGGGAAAUAAAACCCCAACCUCUGCUGCCUCCCGCCCAACCCCAUCCUGCCUUUGUCUUCUCAGCCUCGGCGGUGCCACCCACUGCACUGGGGCCAGCUGGGAAGCCGAGCAUGGCCCUGCCUCUGGUGCCUCCCCUUCUUCCCUGGGCUGUAGACCUUUGUCCCCGUCACUGCCAGCGCUUGGGCUGAAGGAAGCUCCAGACUCAAUGUGACCCCCAGGUGGCAUCGCCAACUCCUGCCUCGUGCCACCUCAUGCUUAUAAUAAAGCCGGCGUCAGAGACCGCUGCUUCCCUCA